AUGGGUAAAGGAUACUUCGAGCUGGCAGGCCGCCAGUUCCCUGCCGUGACAUGGUAUAGGGAUCCCGCGCUGAGGAAGACCUAUAUCUGUCUUAUGUUCGUGGUUCUUACCAGUGCCACCAAUGGUUAUGACGGCUCCAUGAUGAAUGGUCUCCAGACUCUUCCCGCCUGGCAACAGCAUUUCAACCACCCCAAGGGCGGUAAGAUUGGCAUCUUGAACGCUAUCAUGUCGAUUGGUUCCCUGUCCGCCAUUCCCUUUGUGCCAUACGCAGCCGAUAUCCUCGGCCGUCGAAUGGGUAUCCUCGUGGGCUGCGCCAUCAUGAUGGUCGGUGUUGUCCUGCAGUCUAUCUCUGCAGGGUUUGGCAUGUUCUUGGGAGCCCGAUUCCUCCUCGGUUUCGGAAUAGCUAUUGCCCACGGUUCAUCUCCUCUGCUGAUCACGGAAUUGGUGCACCCUCAACAUCGUGCUAUCUUCACAACUAUUUACAACACAACGUGGUACGCUGGUAGCAUUGUCGCUGCUUGGCUCACCUAUGGAACCGAUCACAUCAACAACAACUGGUCCUGGCGCAUUCCCACCAUUGUCCAGGCCGCUCCCUCGUUGAUCCAGCUCCUUUUCAUCUGGUUUGUGCCAGAGUCUCCUAGAUGGCUCAUCGCGCACGGCAAAGAGGAGAAAGGUUUGGAUAUCCUCUACGAUGUGCACGCCAAUGGCAACCGCAACGAUGAGAUGGUUCAAUUGGAGUUCGUUGAAAUCCGCGACACCAUCAAACUCGAGAAGGAAGUCGAAGGAAACCAGUGGCUCGAGCUGAUCAAGACCCGUGGCAACCGCCGCAGACUCAUCAUCUUGUUGUCUGCUGGUCUCUUCUCCCAGUGGUCUGGCAAUGGUCUCGUGUCAUACUAUAUCACCAAGAUUCUCAACAAUAUCGGCUACACUGAUACCUUGACCCAGAACUUGAUCAAUGGCGUUCUACAAAUCUUCAACCUCUUUAUCGCCGUCGGUGCUUGCUUCUUCGUCGACAAGGUCGGCCGUCGCAAGCUCUUCCUGAUCUCCACUACCGGCAUGUUGAUUACCUUCAUCGUCUGGACUAUCUGCUCAGCCAGAUACGCCAUCUCUGGCUCUAAAGGGGCAGCUAACGCUGUUGUUGGAAUGAUCUACAUCUACUACUUCUGGUACAACAUUGCCUGGUCUGGCAUGUUGGUCGGCUACACCGCCGAAAUUCUGCCAUACAACAUCCGCGCAAAGGGCUUGACAGUCAUGUUCCUCAUGGUUGACAUUGCUCUAUUCUUCAACCAAUAUAUCAACCCCAUCGCCCUGGACCACAUUGGCUGGAAGUACUACAUCUUCUAUUGCGUGUGGCUUGGCUUUGAGCUUGCCAUUGUCUACUUCUUCUAUGUUGAAACCCGCAACACACCUCUGGAAGAAAUCGCCAAGCACUUUGAUGGCGACCAAGCAUUGGUUGCUGGUGCCGCUGCUUCGAACAAGGGUCUCACCCUGGCGGCUGAGAUGGGUCUCGAAGCAACCAUGACUCAACACCACGAUCUGGAUGAGAAGAGACACUCCGUGCAGGUCGAAAACGCUCAAACAAAGAGCGAGCUGUAG